AUGAGUAAAGGCUAUAUUAAAAUAGUUGUUUCUCUUUUAAUCUCAUCCAUAUAUAUGAGCAAUAAAGCCUUUGCAACUGAGGCUAAUUCAGGUAUUGAAGCUUUACGAAGAUUUGCUCGACCAUCUAACAUAUCUACUGUUCCCAAUGAUAAUUCAGAAGAGAAAAGUGAGAAAGCCCCUUUCAACUUAUCUAUGAAUACUGAAGAAACUAAAACAGUAGACAAAAUUAUGGAUGAUGCUGAAAUGUUAUUACAAUACCAUGCUACAAGUACGAAUGGUUACAAAUUAUAUCAUAAACAUGGUGAUGAUUCAAUUGAAUAUUUUAAGAAAGAUGGAAAUACAGUCAUUUACAAAUUGAAUCAUAAAAUAAAUCGUCCAGAUAAGUAUAAUGAUAUAAUAGAAAUGCUAUGGAAUCCAAAUGUCAAAUAUUCUGAUGAUAAUAUGCUUAAAGAAAAAAUUGUAUGUCAUUACUCUCCAAAUAUAAUGAUGGUCCAACAACGUUUCAUAUACGAUUCUCUAUCGUUCCAUGGAUAUUACUAUGCUUUCGCCAAAAAAGUUCAAGUAUCAGAUGACAUAACUAUAAUUGUUUAUACAUCAUCUAAUACAGAUGACUACAACAGUGUCGAUAAAACUGAAUAUGUAAAUCCUAUUGUAGACAGUGCGCACUUAGUCAAACCAAAAAUUUAUUCAGAAAAGGAUAUUAGAGAUGGAGAAUUGACAAAAAUGUUUGUUAAUUUAUCUGGAUAUAUAAUUCAAAAAAAAAAGGAUUGCGUUGACAUUACAUAUCUUGACUCUAUUGAUAUUAAUGCCCCUAUGUUUGAAAAUAUAUUAAUUAGAAUAGUUCAUUCAGCACACAUACUAAAUAUUCUGAAUAUAUCCACCAUAAUUUCCAUGAAAUAA